UCUGGCGACCACGCCCCCCCUCCCCCUCCCCAGAGAGCGCCCAGAGCCCAGAAUGCACCUGAUGGAAAUAUACAUAUGCAUCUCGCUGCCCUCUUCUCCUCGACCCGACCCGACCUUCUCGCUCUUCAACCUCACCUCGACCUCUCGACCAAAUCUUCAACUCCUCUCUCCUUACUUUUCCUUCCCUCUUCCUCCAUUCCUUUUGCCGUUGAACCUCUGGACGUCUUUUGUCCUGUACCACCCUCGCCUGCUCCACCGUCCCAGUCAUCCACCUGGAAGCCCGCUCGAGACGACGUCGGCGUCCCGCUUUCGCUCGCCUUGA